AUGUGUUCAAAAUAUUUGUUUCUGUUUUGCUUACUAGUUUGUAUUGCAGAAGCACUGCCUGAACAAAAAAGUUUCAAUGUAAUAGACUAUGGGGCAAUUGCAGAUGGCAAGACAGAUAACACUGAGGCAUUUUUGAAAGCAUGGAGUGAUGCAUGCAAUUGGGAUGGAAAUGCAUCAACAUUUUUUAUCCCAAAAGGAACUUUCAUGCUCAAAAGCGUUGUAUUUAAAGGUCCAUGCAAGAGUUGGAGUGUCUUCCGCAUUGAAGGUGUUCUCAGGGCUCCAAUUGAUCCAUCUUUGUUCACUGAUAAAAAAUGGUUAAACUUCAGAUAUGUUGACCAUCUAAGUGUUAAUGGAGGUGGCACACUGGAUGGUCAAGGAUCUGCCACUCGACAAAUAUGUAAAAACAAUCCAAAAUGUCAAACUCUUUUUACGACUAUGGAAUUUGACUUCGUGACCAAUGGUUCAGUGGAAAACGUGUAUUCUGUUGAUAGUAAAGGAGGGCAUUUCAUAAUGUUCGCAUGUGAGAACAUGACAUUCACAAAUCUAACUCUAUCAUCCCCAGUUACAAGUCGUAACACUGAUGGUAUCAAAAUUGGGCAUUCAAAAGAGAUAAAUAUAAAAAGUGUGAAUAUUGGCACUGGUGAUGAUUGUAUUGCUAUGAUUUCUGGCACAAGAAAUGUUCAAAUUUCAGAUGUGUACUGUGGUCCUGGUCAUGGAAUUAGUGUGGGAAGCAUGGGUAAGAAUGAUGGAGAAGAAAAUAUUCAAGACAUUGUUAUCAAAAAUUGCACCUUUAAUGGAACUAGUAAUGGUCUUAGAAUCAAAACAUGGGCAUCUCCUUUGAAGGAAACCUUGUAUGCUUCAAAUUUUUCCUAUGAAGACAUUACUAUGAAUAAUGUGCAACAACCCAUUGUUAUUGAUCAACAUUAUUGUCCACUGCGUAAUUGCGACCCCAAGGAAGAUUCAUAUGUGCAAAUCAGCAAUGUGACAUACAAAAAUAUUCAAGGAAUUGGCAGCACUGAUAUUGCAGCCAAUUUUAAUUGCAGUAAAAUUAAGCCAUGUGAAAACAUAAUUGUAGAGAACAUUAAUUUCUGGCGUUAUGGUGUCAAGGGAAAAGAACAGACAAAUUUUUGCUCUCAUGUCCAUGGUUCUUCUUAUGGCACACAAAUUCCCCCAUCCUGUAUUUAG